AUGGGGUCUCAGGCUCAGCUCUUCUGCCUCCUGCUUCUCUGGAUCCCAGAUGCCAGAGGAGCCAUUGAGCUGACCCAGUCUCCAUCCUCCCUGUCUGUGUCUCCAGGAGAGACUGUCAGCCUGUCCUGCAGGGCCAGUCAGAGUGUUAGUAAUUACUUAAACUGGUACCAACAGCCCCCAGGCCAGGCUCCCAGGCUCCUCAUUUACAAGGCUUCCACCCUGCAGCCUGGGGUUCCUGCCCGCUUCAGUGGCAGUGGCUCUGGGACAGAUUUCUCUCUGACCAUCCGUGGUGUGGAACCCGAGGACAUGGCACACUAUUACUGUCAGCAGAGUAACAGAGAUCUAUCACUGUGUUGGACGUUCGGCCAAGGGACCAAGCUGGAACUUAAACGGAGUGUGGCAAAACCUUCUGCCUUCAUCUUCCAACCAUCUAACGAGCAAAUGCAAUCAGGCACAGCUUCAGUGGUAUGCCUUGUAAACAAAUUCUACCCCAAAGACGCCAGAGUCGUAUGGAAGGUGGAUGAUGUGGUCAAAAACUCAGGGAUCAGCACCAGUGUGACAGAACAGGACAGCAAGGACAGUACAUACAGCCUGAGCAGCACCCUGACCCUCAGUGCGAAUGACUACAAAAAUAGUGAGAAAUACAGCUGUGAGAUCACUCAUGAAAGCCUGUCCUCUGCCCUAGUGAAGUCCUUCCAGAGGAGUGAAUGUUCUUCGUGAGGAAGGACAACAGGGGCCCAGGGAAGGACAUCCCUCCAUCCCCACCCCCAAGCCUUGUCCCUUUUUCUCCCAUUUGAACACCCUCUUUCUCUGCCUAAUGAUCAAAGGCCAUUCUCCUGUUUGAAAACCUUUGGGCCUGUGGUCUCACCAAGGAUCCACCCACCCCAUGGCCUUCUCCAUUCUUGCCUGCUUUAAUCAUGCCUAUAUUUGAAAGAAAAAAAAACAAAUAAAGUCAAUGAAAAGGUCCCUGCA